CGCCUUCAUUACAAAUCAGUCGGUCUAAGAACGUUUCUGCAACGAGAACUGUCAUUGUAACGCAUAGAACAAGUCUUCUGUGUGUGUGUGUCUGUCUCGUCGUUCACUUGUUAUUGUUGUUUUUUUUAUUUAUAAUUUAUUGUUGUUAUUCUCGAUUCUCGUAUCUGUUCGAAAAAAAAAGUUAAAGGAAAAAUAUAGUAGAUGAAAAUUCUGUCAGUGCGUUGUCGGUGAUUGUUGUGUGUGCAUGUGUGAAUAUUAACAAAAAAAAGUGUAUAUUUAAAAAAAACAAAAUAAAUAUUGUAUACUUCAGUUACAAUUUAAGUAGUAGAUAUAGUUAGGAUUGUUGUUAUUUAGUAGAUAAGCCUAACCAGAGAUAGUUGGUUGUUGCAUCUUACUGCUCUACGAAACAAAAAUAUAAAAUAAUAUUUUGUCACUCUGGAAUAUAAAAAAAAAUAUAUAAAAAAAGAAAAAAUUUCCUGAAGAUUAAAUAAAAUCCAACUGUUGAUAUUGCUUGACGUGCCUGAAUUUUUAACAAAAAAAAAAAUUUUAUAUUGUGCGACGUUUAAAUUUUUUUAAAAAAAAGAGUUCACACAAUUUUAUAAAUAAAUUACAAAAUAUAAAAAAAAUAAACCAAAAAUUAAGUAUACAUAAAAAUAUAAAGUGAAUGUUUAAAUUUGUGGAAAAAAAUUUAAUUUAAAAUAUAUAACAAAAUUUUAUAACAUCUAAGACAUUUUCCAAAAGUCUUUACGGAAAAAAGGAAAAUCUCAAAAAGUAUUUGCUGCUUAAAGGAAAAUUUUGUUUAAAACUCAACUCAACUUUAAGUUCCUUGUUUAAAACCGCAAAACUGGCUCAACCUAAGACCAAUAUGGUUAAAAAUCGUAGAUUUGAUGAGGGUCCACUCAUUGGUACCCGUCAUAUACAAUGUUUCCUAUGCUUUUGCUGCCUGUCUUUGGCCUAUGCUUUGAGAGUCAAUUUGAGUGUGGCCAUUGUAGCGAUGACAGAUAAAAAUGCUACACAAAGUGAUUAUGAGGAUUUCGAAUGGAAUGAGAGUGUAAAAUCCUAUCUGCUAAGCAGUUUCUUUUGGGGCUACAUUACCACUCAAAUUCCAGGCGGUCAUAUAGCUCAAAAAUAUGGAGCCAAAAUUAUACUUUUAGUUGGUGUCACUUUAUGUUCUCUGCUUACCUUACUCACCCCAGUGGCAGCUCACAUAGGUGGUUGGAAAUUACUGUUUGCUGUGCGUGUUAUACAAGGUCUGUUGCAAGGUGCCGUACAUCCCGCCACUCAUGCCAUGUUAGCUAAAUGGGCUCCGGUAGAGGAAAGAGGUGCUUUGGGUACCUUCUGUUAUUCGGGCUCACAAUUCGGCACUGUGGUCACAUUAGCUGUUAGUGGUUAUAUAGCUGAUUCUUCUGCUGGUUGGCCUGGUAUUUUCUACAUUUCCGGUUCUAUGGGUUUCAUAUGGGCCAUUUGCUGGUACUUGUUUGCUGCUAGUACACCCGCCGAACACAAGAGUAUAUCGCCCGAAGAAAAGAAAAUGAUUGAAAACUCUUUGGGUCAAGUGGAUAAUACACCCAAAACUGUGGGCCCCACACCAUGGGUGAAAAUCUUUACCUCACCUCCAUUCAUUUCGUUGAUCAUUGUGCACUGUACCCACAUGUGGGGCUUCUGGACUUUACUGACUCAAAUCCCCAACUAUAUGAAGAACAUUUUGGGUGUUGAUAUUAAAAAUAGUGCCCUACUCUCCUCUCUGCCUUAUGCUGUGAUGUGUAUACUCUCCUUCUGCUUUAUCUAUCUUUCAAAGCUAUUGUCGAAAAAGGAAAAUUUGUCUUUAGCUUUUAGUCGCAAAUUCUUUAAUUCUAUCGGUCAUUGGAUUCCCAUGAUUUCUCUGGCUGCUUUGGGUUAUGUCACCGAGGAACAUUCCACCUUGGCAGUGGUUUUACUAACGCUGACAGUGGGUAUUAGUGCUGCUACAUACCUGGGCUUCCAGGUGAAUCAUAUCGAUUUGUCUCCCAAUUAUGCGGGCACUCUGAUGGGCAUUACGAAUGGUGCUGCCAAUGUUAUGAGUGCUUUGGCUCCUUUGGCUGUGGGUGUGGUGGUGAAUGAUGUGACCAAUGUGAUCGAAUGGCGUAUGGUCUUUUUCAUUGCUGCCGGUUUCUACUUCUUCGGAAAUCUUCUAUUCGUGUUGAUGGGUAAAACUGAAGUACAAAGUUGGAACUCACCUGAAGAUGCCUUAGCCAAACGCAUGAGUAUUAUUGAUCCCGAAACACCGGCUCUCAUAACAAAUGGUGAUAUUGUCAAACCACAAAUUAAGGAAAAUGGCAACUAAACAGUAAACAUCAGAAUAAUUCUUAAAAAAAAUUAUAUAAAUAUUCACAUACACAUAAACAAGCGUACUGAAGACCUCUUUAGUUGAUAAGUUUUAGUUAAAAAAAAAGUUUAGUGAUUUAAAUUUAAAUUAGUUGUAAGCAUUAAAUAGUUUUAAUUAAAACAAACAUUUUAAAAAAUAAUGCAUAUUACUUUUAUUUUAACAAAAAAAUGCAUUUAAACGCACGCACAGUUUCUUUAAAAAAAAUGUAAAGGAAAUUAUAAUAAGAAAAACGUUCCUAAAAAGACCUUAAUUUUCUUUUCUUAAAAAAGGACCUAAAAAAGAAAUUUUAUUAAAAAAAAGACUUACAUUUUCUUUUAAACAUAUUAUUUGAGCUUCCAUUAGUUUUAAUUUAACUAAAAAAAAUAUCUUUAGAAAAAAUCUUUUUUCUUUAGAAAAUUAUUUAGAGUCCUUUAACAGUAUUUAAAAAAACAUAUAAAUAAUUUUGAAAAUUUAUUUUAUUUUUGUUGUAUUUUUGCAAAAAUUUUCCCUUGUCCGUUCGUUUUCUUUCCUUUGUAAAGCGUUUGUACUUUAAUUAUUUAAAAAAUAAAUUUAUGUACAUAAUUACCUUGUAAGUAAAUUAUUAAAUUUAGUUUAAAUAAUUUAAAAAAAAAAAAGAAAAAACACAAAUUGCAAUAACUAAAUGUGCCUUAAUAAUUAUAAAUUUAUUUAGUUUAAGAAUAUAUUUAUGUAAGUUAAAUUUUAUUCAAAUAAAAUUUUGAAAAUAAUUUUUCAAUAAUAACGGUGCCAAUAUAAAAU